UCGCUGACAUCACGGCGGGUGCCGGAGCCGCCGGGGACCAGCAGCCCCGCUGCCACCUCCGCUGCGCACCCCGAAACCGCCGCUCCUCGGCACCGGCAUCUCCGGCCAAGAUGGCUCCUCGGAUCUAGCCAGGGAGGCCAGAGCGGUGCCGGAGAUCCCUGUCCAAGUGACAGUGGGACUGGGAUAGAGGAGCUGCUGCGAGGAUGUCUGAAGCCAAGACCCUGAGCUCCUCUUGCCUCGUGCUUUCCUUGCUCUCCUUGCACUGGGCUUUGCUCCAGCUGGGCCAGGCUUUUCCCAGCACCUCCGACUACCUCCAGCGGGGCUGGCAGCGGCUGCUGGAGGAAGGGGAGGGCUGCGCCGAGUGCCAGCCAGAGGAGUGCCCGGCACCACGCGGGUGCCUGGCUGGCACGGUGCGGGAUGCCUGUGACUGCUGCUGGGAGUGCGCCAACCUGGAGGGGCAGAUCUGCGACCUGGACAACACCAACCACUUCUACGGCAAGUGUGGAGAGCACCUGGAGUGCCGGCUGGAUACUGGGGACCUGCAGCAUGGAGAGGUGCCCGAGCCCCAGUGCGCCUGCCUCUCCCACAUGGCCCUCUGUGGUUCCGAUGGCAAAACCUAUGCCCAGAUCUGCAGGUUCCUGGAGGUCGCCCGAGCCCACCCUGAUGCCAACCUCACCGUGGCCCAUGAGGGUCCCUGCGAGUCAGAACCCCAGAUCACUUCUCCUCCCUAUGACACAUGGAACAUCACUGGGCAGGACAUCAUCUUUGGCUGUGAGGUCUUUGCCUACCCCAUGGCAUCCAUUGAGUGGAGGAAGGAUGGCACGGAGAUGCUGCUACCUGGAGAUGACCCCCACAUCUCUGUCCAGUUCAGAGGUGGCCCCCAAAAAUACGAAGUGACAGGCUGGCUCCAGAUCCAGGGAGUGCGGGAGACAGAUGAAGGCACCUACCGCUGCUUUGCCAGGAACAGGAUCGGGGAGGCGAUGGCAUUAGCCAGCCUGACCGUCCUCACACCAGACCAGCUCAACCUGACAGGCUUUUCCCUGCCAAAGUCCCAUGCAACACCCGAGGACUACGGGGAGAGUGAGGAGGACUAUUACUAGCCCAGAGGUGGAUGUCCGGCUGCAGAGAUCACCUUACCCACAGUGGCCAUUCCCAGGGGCAGAGACAUCUCUAGAGCAAGCACCCCUCAGCCUAAAACCCCUUCUCUGAACAGUCCUGGCACAGCAGCCUCUUUUUUGGGGGUGACACAUCCCUUUGCUGGGGUGCUCAGGGAGGGGACACUGGCUGGUUGGUGGCGCAGGGCUGGGACCAGGGGUGGGUCUGUCCUCCAGCACUAAGUGGGGACAGGGUGGCAGGUGGGAUGCUGUGGGGACAGCCAUGCUGUGUGUGAUGAGGACUUGGUGCUGGGGCUGGAGGCAGCACCCAUGGGAGAGGGAAGCCAGGGCAAGGACAUCUUUGCGCUGUGUGAAGCAUUUUGGUAAAGUAAGAGUGGAGGGAUGGGACCUGGCUGGAACACCCAGUACAUCACCCCCAGGGCUGUUCCAUGUCCCCUAAGCACAGGGACAGCCAGGCUUCUCCCCUGGACCCAGGGAACCUGCUGUCAAAACAUCCUGCUCUUUCAUUUUGUUUUUAGCCAGAAAAAUAGUGAUUUGAGGAAACCAGACACUUGUGGUUUUCAGUGCUGUCUUUUUUCCAGCCCAGCUGCCUGUGUGGUCAGAAACACGCUGGCCUUUUUCAACUCAGUUUGUGCUUUCCCUUCCAUAUAGCUCUCUAUUUUGCCAUUUCAGUUAAUGUUAGUUAAAUAUACAUGUAAGUCAAAGCCAACACAGGACAGUCAACAGCCCCCUGCAUCCAUAAGGAUUAUUCUGGAGAUGAGGCAUGGUGCAAAUACUGUGGAUGCUACCUUGUCCAUUGUGGGGGUGCACGGAUUGAGGAGCCCUCCUGCCCAUCCUGGUGCUCACAACUGGUCCAAGUAUAUGUCCUGCCCCUCUCACCUCACACAGGGAUGGGGGUCCCCAGCAGUCCAUCCCCUGUGCCAUGGGGAUGCAUCAAGCUGGCUCAUUGCAUCCCCAUCAGUUUGGAUCCCAUCUCACCUCUGCCCAUCUCCAUCUUGGAGUCCUGUGUCCUAUGACACCAGGCCUCCACCCACGUGACCACAGCAUGGAGGGGACAGAGCAGCUCUGUGCCUGGCUUGGGGCACAGAGCUGCUCUGUCAUUUUGGGGGGAGCGUGGGAAUGAAGCCCAGAGAUGCUCCAUGCUGGAGGGGGCUGGCAGGACCCCUUCCCAUGGGCAUCCCAGGGCCGAGCUCACAGUCAAGAGGUGUUUUGCCCCCCCAAACCAGCAGUACUUAGAGGACUUUUGGGACUCAAAAUUUCCCUGAGGACCAGACUGCUCCUGGUUACUCAGUCCCAGCUCCAGGGAGGUCCAGAGCAGCAGCGGGGAGCCAGACCCUGGGAGGAAGGAGCUGGCCAGCCCCCAGACAGAAGCAGGCAGGAUGCAACGAGGCUGGCGUCUUGGGUGCUGGGCUGUCCUCCUUCCCUUGUUUUUUCUGUUCUUUUCUUCCUCUUUCUCUCAAGAGCUGGCUCGGACGAUGCAAUUACAGCAUCAAAACCUGAACAAGCAAAUAAAAGGGAUUUGUCUGGA